CACUGGUGAUCUUGCCCAGAGAAAAACUUCAGCAUGCAUAGCCUNCCCUUGCUGUUGCUUCUCUGGGGCACCAGCUCAUACAGUUUCCCUGUGUUUCAGGACGGAUUACAGAAAAAUGUGAAGACAGUCUGGAAAUACCUGGAAAACUACUACAACCUGGGCAAAGACAUGCAAGAUAAAAACGUAAAUGGCAAGGAGGUGAUGGCUGAAAAGCUGAGGCAAAUGCAGCAGUUAUUUGGGCUGAAAGUGACUGGAAAUUCAGAUCCUGAAACCCUGAGGGCUAUGAAGAAGCCCAGGUGUGGGGUGUCUGAUGUGGCCCCAUAUGCCAUUACUCACAACAAUCCUCGUUGGACCAAAACACAUCUGACUUACAGCAUUUUAAACUACACACCAUAUUUGCCCAGAGCAGUUGUGGAAGAUGCCAUCGCGAGAGCCUUUAGAGUCUGGAGUGAUGUGACACCACUGACGUUCCAAAGGGUCUUUGAGGAGGAAGGGGAUAUUGUGCUCUCCUUCCACAGAGGAGAGCAUGGUGACCUCUACUCAUUUGAUGGAUCUAAGUAUCACUUUGCUCACGCUUUUCUGCCAGGCCUAGGUUUGGGUGGCAAUGUUCAUUAUGAUCUUGAUCAGAAGUGGACCAACAACAAGGAGGAUUUCAACUUGUUCUAUGUUACGGCUCAUGAACUGGGCCACUCCCUCGGACUCUCCCAUUCUAAUGAUGAAGAGGCACUAAUGUUCCCCAGCUACACAUAUAGCAAUAAAGACUUUGUGCUAAACCAGGAUGAUAUUAGUCGCAUCCAGGCCUUAUAUGGACCUUCCCCAAUUCCCAUCCAGUCAAUAGAUGCAACACUGGAUCCAUGUAAAAGUGUUCUAACUUUUGAUGCUAUAACUACAUAUCGGGGGGAGGUGAUGUUCUUUAAAGACAGGUUCUACAUUCGGGUAAUUAGCUUCCUGCCAGAACCUUUGGUCAAUGUGAUCGAUCUAAUCUGGCCAAAUCUGCCAGGUAAAUUUGAUGCAGCUUAUGAAGCUAGUGUGGUAGAUGAACUCCGCUUUUUCAAAGGCAGCAAAGUAUGGGCUGUUCAGGAACAGAAUGUACUGGAAGGAUUUCCCAUGGAUAUCCACAGUUUCUUUGGCUUCCCUAGCUAUGUGACACACAUUGAUGCUGCUGUUUGUGAGGAAGAGACUGGAAAAACAUACUUCUUUGUUGACCGCAUGUACUGGAGGUAUGAUGAAAAUACACGGUCCAUGGAUCCAGGUUACCCCAGAUUAAUAGCAGAAGACUUUCCUGGAAUUGAUGAUAAAGUUGAUGAUGUUAUCCAGAAAGAGGAUAAUUUCUAUUUCUUUCACCAAUCAAUUCAACACAAAUUUAACCUCCAAACGAGAAGAAUUGAUGAUUCCAGUGAAUUUAGUACCUGGUUCAACUGCUAAAAUAUUGGCAACUCGUUACUGAGUUAAUGAAAAUACAUAUUCCAUGGUCUUAAAGAAGAUAUUUUUCUGAAGAAUCAAAUAUUUUUAUAUUUUAUUUACCUUUCAGAACUUCUGAUACAGAGAGCAACUAAGUAUUGUGAAAGUUUUAUAAACUUUCACAGUACAUAGCAUAAUAUUUUAUGAACUAGUUUAGUACCAUGAUUAGUAGCCUAAGAAAGUCAUAUUCAUGGUGGAUGAGUCACGGAAGAAAAGUAUUUGUGCAGUGGAUAACUCUCACUGUGGUCCUACGUGUCUCCUUUCAAGAGAGGAGGUAAACAGAGAAACUCUCCCCAGAGUAAAUGUGGCUCUGAACACAGGAACCCACGUACAUGAGAGGAAAUGCACUGCUGCUUUGGUUUUUCUGUUUAAGAGAGGAUCUCACAGCCCAGUGGACUCUGAGCUCUUCUACCUCUGAUUCCCACAUGCUGAUAUUCUGUAAUCCCUAUUGUGCCUAGCUAAGAGACAUUUCCUGUCCAAAAUAUUCGAUACUUAAAUAAAACCACUCUUGACUCUAGUGUCUUAUAAG